GGAGUGCUUUUCUGACCGCCUUAUAUAUAAACUUGACCCAGUUGAGGUUCGUAUUUUUCUCACUUCAUCGUCAUUUGACUCAUUUCAUUCAUCCAUUGUUCGUUCUUCUCCUUCUUUCUCUUCCCCCUUCCCAAGUGUGAGUGCUUAGUGGUUGAUUGCAUCAGAAGGACUUUGUUUGUUACAAGUUACCAAGGGCAAGUUUCAUGUCUGAAUUCGACACAAACAUCCCAACUACUUUUGAUCCCUUUGCUGAGGCAAAUGCUGAGGACUCAGGUGCUGGGACGAAAGAGUACGUUCAUGUGCGUGUACAACAGCGUAAUGGAAGGAAAAGCCUAACAACUGUUCAAGGAUUAAAGAAAGAGUACAGCUAUAGCAAGAUACUCAAGGACCUGAAGAAAGAAUUUUGCUGUAAUGGUACUGUGGUCCAGGAUCCUGAGUUGGGCCAGGUCAUACAGCUUCAGGGAGAUCAAAGAAAGAAUGUUUCUACUUUCCUUGUGCAGGCUGGCAUAGUAAAGAAGGAACAUAUCAAGCUUCAUGGUUUCUAAGGCCUAACCAAUAGUGUGAAAUUUAGCUUCAUGUUUAAUGUAUAGCCUGCAGACUACAGUCAAUAGCAGUAGCUUAUAAAUCUGAAUUCAAGCAGUCAAUCGCAGCAAAUUCUGUUAUAUUGUAGCCAAGUGUUCUAUGUAAUUUACUGUAUACUUGUUUUGGAUCGUUAUUUACUGGGUUAUGUGGUAA